AUGGCUACUACGCAGAGUGUGCAAUGCUUCGGCAAGAAGAAGACGGCUACUGCGGUCGCCCAAUGCAAGGCAGGCAAGGGCCUCAUCAAGGUUAACGGCCAACCUCUGGCUCUCACACAGCCGGAAAUCCUCAGAUUCAAGGUCUACGAACCCCUCCUUAUCGUCGGCCUUGACAAGUUCGCCGGUGUCGAUAUCCGAGUCCGCGUUACCGGUGGUGGUCACACUUCCCAGAUCUAUGCUAUCAGACAAGCCAUUGCCAAGUCGAUAGUCGCCUACUACCAGAAAUACGUCGACGAGCACGCCAAGAACCAGCUCAAGCAGGCCCUCGUCCAAUACGACAGAACCCUCCUCGUGGCUGAUAACAGACGGGCUGAACCAAAGAAGUUCGGUGGUCCAGGUGCUCGUGCUCGUUACCAAAAGUCUUACCGUUAA